AUGAAUUCUUUCAUCCAGGAUAGCGCUAUUGAUCUUUCUCUUGACUCGCAACUUCAGCAUUAUGUACAUCUGCUUGUAUUUCUUCAAUGCUAUGAUUCAUUUAUUCCAGCUCUGCACCUCCCCAUCUUAGCUCUUCUCGACUUCACCAAUCUACCACUGUUUGAUCACUUCCUCAUGGUGGCUGACUUACAUCAUUUUUUCACUUCCGAGAACUGUGUCACAAAUGAUGUGCCCGCUGACUUCCUGGAUCGUCCCCUUCCACCACUUAGUCUGUCUACUCAGCUCCUGAAUACCUUCAGUCAGGCCUAUCAUGAUGGCAUGAAAUCUGUCAAGGAUCCACGGUUUCUGGGUAAUCUUCCAUUUUGGGUAGUUCAGUACUGGCAUGAUUUAGGGUGUGCUAUUGUAGCGAAGGGGUGCUGGAGUUUGGCUCAUGAUUGGCUAUCAGGCCAACGAGAAAAUGCAGACACUGAUCUUGCAGCUGCAAUUGACGAGGUUUUUAGUAGCCUUCAGAUACUUGGGUGGGGUACUACUCUCCGUGGCCCAGCUGCAUCACUCCAGGUGCUUGAUCUUGCAGAGUUCCUAUCAUCCAUGCCAAUGAAGGGCCACUUCAUCCAUAGAUGUGAUGGUGAACGAGAUAUCCCUAUAAAUCCCUCUCAAUCCACAGCUUCGCCAGACAACAAUUGUCGAAAAUCUGGCAUUCAUCGAAACACUACAUUGCAGUCAAGGCUCUCUCAGCUUGGUGAUUCCUUGGUGAAUGAAGAGCUCACAUGUGUCCUAUUUCCUCUGAAUGUCAGUGGCAUACAUUGGACUGUGUUGCUGAUCGAUGGGAAGAAACGAGAGGUCCAUUAUGGUGAUUCAUUGGAUUGGCCGUGGCCAAAGGAAGACAUUAAUCUCAUCCAACGAUGGUUGAGGGAGCAUGGCUUCCAACCAUUGUCCAAAGUCGCAAUGAUCAACACAAUUCAUCAUUUUCUCUUUGAUGUCCUGUUGUUUACGGACAAGAAGAAAUAUUUAUUGUGUAUCAACAAGCUCAUCUAUCUUCUUCAGGGUCAUUUUUCUGCCUCCGACAAUGACUGCCACCCUCCAUCUGAUUCUCCGUUCCAACACACAUCCUUCUCAGAGUUGUCUUUCUCCCGCAAGUCUUCUGCCUCCUCCAUGUCUGCCAAUAUACCACCCUCCAAGUCGCAUGUCUCCCUCAAUCUACAGGUCUCGCCAUCUCAGCCCAGGACCAGGUUGCUGAGGCACUUUAGCAUUAUCUCAUGGCAAGAAUAUCUUGAUGCUGUCCAUGAAGAGGAUCUUGUGCACAGUGAUGAGCAGGAGGACGAGGAAUUCAGUGCAAUGCUGAAAGCAGCAGAACAGAAACUCCUGAAGUGCACUCGUGACCAAGAUCGCCAGCGUGCCCAUUGUGCACGAGUGAAGAAUCCACCAACAUCAUUGCAAAGCCUUGGCUCACAGCCUUCUCACUCACUCACAGAGUUAUCCCGCCCACACUGUGUCAUUAAGAGCCAGUUCGGCAACAAGAUGUUGACCGAGGUUUGGCAAAUGUUGGGUGAGAGCUCUCGGCUAAAGGCAGCAGACUUCUAA